GCACGUACAUACACAUAUGCAUGCCAUGUUGACCCAACUACUCGAUGUCUCUCCCUCUGAUAAAAAUGCACACAUCGUCAAGAGCCAGCGAGAGAGAGCGAUCGAAACGGAGAGGACCGGCAGAGGCUUCGACGAUUGGUACUGUUAUCUAGCAAUGGCUCACGGAAGGCGAAAAGACGACGAGGAGGAUUGCACUUGCACGGCGGCCCUGCUGCUGCGCGGCGACGACGCCGAGGCAUGGAAGGAGGAAGAGUGGCACCACCACCACCACCACCACCACGCGUCCUCCAGCGAUCUAUGGAGGUGGAUGAGGAGGGUACGCGAGGAGUCGAGGAAGCUGUGGGAGGUCGUGGGGCCCGCCAUCUUCACACGCGCCGCCAUCUACAGCCUCAACGUCGUCAUGCAGGCAGUCGCCGGCCACCUCGGCGACCUCGAGCUGGCAUCCGUCUCCUUCGCCUGCACUGUCCUGACCGGCUUCAACUAUGGCCUCAUGCUUGGCAUGGCGAGCGCGCUGGAGACGUUGUGUGGCCAGGCGUACGGCGCCAAGAAGUACCACAUGAUGGGAGUGUACAUGCAGCGCUCGUGGAUCGUCCUCUUCGUGUGCGCCCUGCUGCUGACGCCCAUGUACUUCUUCACCGAGGACCUGCUCCUGGUGACGGGGCAGCCGCCGAAGCUGUCGGCGAUGGCGGGGCGGGUCUCCAUGUGGUUCAUCCCUCUGCACUUCUCCCAGGCCUUCCUCUUCCCGCUGCAGUUGUUCCUACAGUGCCAGCGGAAGAACCUGGCCAACGCCACUGCCGCCGCCGCCGCGCUCGGCAUCCACCUCUUUGUCAGCUGGCUCUUCGUAGCCAGGCUCAAGCUCGGGCUCGUCGGCGUCGCGCUCACGCUCAGCGUCUCGUGGUGGACGAUCACCGCUAUGCUUUUCGUCUAUGUCACGUGUGGCGGCUGCCCAGAGACCUGGCACGGCUUCACGGCGGAGGCGUUCGCCGGACUGGGGGAGUUCAUCAAGCUGUCCGCUGCCUCCGGUGUCAUGCUUUGCUUGGAGAACUGGUACUAUAGGAUACUGAUCUUGCUGACCGGGAACCUCAAGAACGCGGCAGUUGCGGUGGAUGCCCUCUCCAUCUGCAUGAAUAUCAAUGGAUGGGAGAUGACGAUUCCACUGGCAUUUUUUGCCGGCACCGGGGUGCGGGUGGCCAACGAGCUCGGUGCUGGAAAUGGCAUUGGCGCCAGGUUUGCGGCCAUUGUAUCAUCCACGACCUCACUGGUGAUCGGGCUCUUCUUCUGGGUGCUGAUCAUGGGCCUCCACAGCAAGAUCGCUCUCAUCUUCACCACCAGUGCUGUCGUGCUGGAUGCCGUCGAUAAGCUCUCGCUCUUGCUGGCCUUCACCAUACUCCUCAACAGCGUACAGCCUGUCUUGUCAGGUGUGGCUGUUGGGUCAGGAUGGCAGUCGACGGUGGCGUACAUCAACAUCGGCUGCUAUUACAUCAUCGGCAUACCCAUGGGCGUCCUCCUCGGAUGGCUCUUCAACCUUGGCGUGCUGGGGAUCUGGGCAGGCAUGAUCGGCGGAACCGCAGUGCAGACGCUCAUCCUGGCCAUCAUAACCGUUCGCUGCGACUGGGAAAAACAGGCUAUUAUCGCGAGCACGCGCAUGGACAAGUUAUCGCAGGUCCGGUGAUGUCAAUGUUCAGGCAUAUACAUAUGAUCGAGGAGUAACCAAUAUAUGUAAAACCUUCUUUCUGUCUCUUUCCCUACCAAAUCAAGAAUCUGGAUCCCUUGCACGGAAUCAUGUAAAAUAUUGGUACGUAGGCAAUUGGAUCAUAUAUAUAGUACGUACCUGAUCAUAUGACACUUCUGUGUUUAUUCAUUUGUAAUUUAUUACAGGUGCACGUUCUCACUUGUAUUUACGUAUUGAUAUGUACAUAUACAAACUCGUAAAAAGACUUG